GCUUGUAGGCGUAGACUCAGUACUGUAGGCGGUACUACUGAGUACGCUACCCCUUUAUAUAGGAGAUUCUCUCUGUAGUAGCUCUCUAUACAACUGCAAUUCUGACACAAUCGGUUCUGUACCGCUGCUGCGCCGCUGUUGGAUUAUUCAUGAAACUCAAGAUGAGCUCCCGGCACUCCUCCAUUUCGUUCUUCUAUUCUACUCUUCAGUCCUCUUCAUCAGCCAUCCGUCAUUAGAAUUCAACUCAAACUUUCUCUAGAAAAUGGCCGAGGCCAACGAUCUUGACCUGCCUUCAGUGCAGAAGCUGCAGUCGGUCGAGCAGAUGGAAGUCCUGGACAUUGUGGAUUCUCUUCGUGCUUGCGGUCUCAGCGAGCUCGUCGCGCUGCCACAACUGAUUGUCUGUGGUGAUCAGUCUAGCGGGAAGAGUUCGGUGUUAGAAGCGAUUUCCGGGAUUCCUUUUCCCAAGCAAGAUACCCUAUGCACUCGAUUUGCGACCGAGGUGAUCCUCCGUCGUGCUGCGAGAGUUGAGAUAAACGUCUCGAUUGUACCAGGUGAGGACAGGGCUGCGACAGACCAGGACCGACUAAAUCGAUUUCGCCGCGAGUUGAGAACCAUAGAUGACUUUGGGGACUUGUUCCACAGUGCAAGGGCUGAAAUGGGACUGUCGUCCUCGGGGAAAUCAUUCUCGAACGAUAUUUUAAGAAUUGAGUUCUGUGGGCCAUCUCAACCUCAAUUAACACUUGUUGAUCUUCCUGGCCUUAUUCAUUCUGAAACAAAAUCACAAACCACUGGAGAUGUGCAACUAGUACAUAAGCUUGUUACCCGGUAUCUGGAAAACCCUCGAAGUAUAAUCUUAGCAGUGGUAUCGGCAAAAAACGAUAUCGGGAACCAGAUUAUUCUUCGGAAUGCACGAAAAGUUGAUCCACAAGGCCUAAGGACCCUGGGAAUUAUCACUAAGCCAGAUUGUGUAAGGGAAGGUUCGAAGAGUGAGGAGGCAUUUAUCGCCCUCGCCAAGAAUGAAGAUGUCAAAUUUUCUUUGGGCUGGCACAUGGUCAAGAAUCUUGACUCCGCCGUCAGCCAAAAUCAGCAGGAGAAUACUCGAGAUCAGGAAGAGGCCGCCUUUUUCGAACAAGGUGGCUUCAAUCGCCUUCCAGCACACACUCUUGGGAUCAAGUUUUUACGUGCUCGCCUGAGCAAAGUCCUCUUCAGCCAAGUACGACGCGAACUUCCACGUCUCGUUGAAGACAUUCAAACUCAGAUCACAGCGACAAGGCUUGCGCGCGACAAGCUAGGACCGAGUCGAAGCAAGCCUGAGCAACAGCGCGAAUUUCUCAUUUCCCUCAGUCAAACUUUUCAAACCAUCUGCCGAGAUGCUGUCAAGGGUGAAUAUGACCACGAGUUCUUCCAGCAUGAUUUGAAUCCAGAGAGACGACUUUGCGCGAGUGUGAUGAACAUGCAUUUUGAUUUCGCGAGCAAUAUUCGAAAGGAAGGGUCAUACUGGCUUAUGGGUAGUGAGAACAUGUUCACUGGGAGAUAUCGAUCGCGCGAUGAGGCGAUAAAAGAAGCCUGUUUGCUGUUAAAGAGAAGCCGUGGUCGCGAGCUCCCUGGUCUGCCGAACCCUCUCCUUGUUGGGGAACUUUUCCGUCUCUAUAGUCGCCCUUGGGGAGAUCUUGCACGGCAACACAUUAAGAAAGUCUGGGAGACAGCAAACAGGUUUAUUGAGCUCCUUCUUCGAUACUUGACGGAUGAAGAUGUCUGUGAGAAUAUCUUUCGCUUCUGGUUGCAACCUAUCAUGGAUGAAAAGUUGAAUUUGGCCUACUCCAAACUGGAUGACCUUCUCGAAGUCCACAAAGACUAUCCAAUGACAACAAACAGUCUCUUUCUAAGCAACAGAAAAAACCCUCGACAAGAUUCUAACAAGAAAGUUUUGGAAUCAAUGCUCAAUGACCGGUCAAAACUAGGCAAACCUAUGAGCGUCGACGAGAUCACCACAAUGUUAUCUGCUAUUACCACGAAAGAAGAUUUGGACAUGGAUAUGAUUGCAGCCGAGGAAGCAUUUGAUAACAUGAAUGCAUAUUAUGAGGUUGCCAUCAAUUUGUUCACAGACAAUGUCCCAACUCUUGCAAUACAAUCGCCAAUCAUCCGCGAGGUUCCAAGAAUUUUCUGCCCUACAGCGGUGUACAAGAUGGGAGCGGAGGUCGUCUCCAGCAUCGCCGGUGAGUCAGAGGAGAAAAAAGUGGAAAGAGAAGCAAUCCUGCGCAGAUUGGACACCUUGGAAAAGGGAGCUCGCAUUUGCAAGCAGUAUGCAAAGCGCCCACAGUUUCUCGAUAGUUCAUCGGAUGGGACCAAUAUAACAGGGAUGCGCGUACCUAGCCCCGGGAGAUCUAAAGUCUCCGGCAAGAAGACCUCCGAAAAACCAGCAUCCACUUCCAAUUUCGCUCAGGCCGAGAGCCUUUCCAAACCAUUGAGCAAUAUAUUUACCCCAGGUGCCGGAUUCGGAUCAACAGCCGGUUCGUCACAAGGGGGCCUGUUUGGAGCGCCUUCGUCUGCACCCGUGACUAAGAAAGAUUCAGAUACUGGACCAAUCAACCAAAGAUCGUUUCACGAUCCACCAGUAGCAGCCAAACCAGGGCUUUUUGGAAAUCUUGGAGCGAACGCAGGUUUUGGACAUACAAGCAGCCCAAAACCUACCGGUUUGUUUGGAAGUCCGAAGUCCAGCCCUUUCGGGCUUGGUUCAGGUACAACCCCUGGUUCAACAGGCGGGGGCUUCGGUGGCUUCGGUGGCUUCGGUGGUCCCUCAAAACCCUCACCUCAGGAUGCUGCUAGAAGCACUGAAUCCAGUGGCAAAAACUAAGAGUCCUCGUUGACAACACCAGCACGACCACGAACGCCACGACAGCGUUACCGCCACCGACUGGCUUGGCUACUUUUCAGCCUUUCGUUGAGCACGAACCUGGUUCUAGCACAAACGCGAUGAAUUCAUUCCUAAAUAUAUCACUCAUGCCUGAGUUCGUCGGGUAUUCAUGUGAGGAGCUAAGGUUAAGAGACUACGGGUAUUAUGGGAUUGGACGAUGAUGUAUAGAAUACCUAUAAAGAGGGAUGUCGUCUUCAGAGUCAGAGGUUUGCUUGGGUGGUUUAAGCGAGGAGUUGCAUGUAUCAGCGACCGACUACUAAGGAAGGACUGUCGAUAAUCGAGAAGAACAUUAUCUUGUUUUGUUUCGUACAAUUUGCUCGUACUUUGAAUAGUUUCGGAGUGACAUAAUGUAGAAAAGAACAUUCUUCAUGAUGAGAUUGUGUGGUAACGAAAGUUGUUAGGCUAGCAGAGAUAGAAGCGCAAAUGAUAUCACAAGCGCCAAACCCAGGUCAAGGC